GUCAACGUAAGGGAGAAUCUGUUCAGCUAUUUGCAGAGUUUGCAAGGAAAGCAGAUAAAGUGAUCAAGGGUCGGGGAAUUUGACUGAGAUUAGUAAAACAAUAGUGAGACAGACAGGAACACAGAGAGAUCCCACUGUCUAUUGGUUACUAUAUUUAAGGGUUGGCUUGAUGCGCAUCAUGGUCCCAUUUUGGAUGGGGGUGUCCUGCUUAUUCCUGCUCGUUUCUGGGAGAGAAGGACGAGUUUAUAAUGGGAGGAAGAAGUCGCCAACUCUGACAGCACAGAGGCUCCGCUCUGGACCUCACAUGUGCUUCUCAGGGAUGCUAAGUGCAUGUUGCCCAGGUUGGUCGGUAUCUCCUGGCUCAGGACAGUGCCUUCAGCCCAUCUGUUCUUAUGGAUGUGGCAGUGGGUUCUGCAUUGCACCCAACGUGUGUUCCUGCAGAGAUGGACAUCAAGGAGUCACUUGUACUGAUGACUUUGUUAGUGAACAUGAGAAGGAUCUUGAAGGCAAAGGUCUGUCUAUCAACUGUUUGUCAGCAAGGUGCGAUCACGGCUGUAGGUUGGUUGGCGGCGUACCUGUCUGUACCUGCUUCCAUGGUUACACUCUUGGAAAAGACGGGAAAACAUGUUACGAUGUUGAUGAAUGCAGCUGGCCUCAAGCAUCAAAUCUCUGUCAACAGCUGUGUAAGAACAGCAUUGGCAGCUAUCGAUGUCUGUGUUAUUACGGGUAUCAAAUCUCCCUCAAUGGACGUAUAUGUAUCCCUAACAAGCACCCCAACAAUAUCGCAGCUCUGGCCCCUUGUGGUGAAUAUGGCUGUGAGCUAAAAUGUAAUGAUGGAGGAUGUGAGCAUGUAUCCCGAGUUUGCCCUCUAGGGUACAAAAUGACAGAAACAAGCAAUGGUGUUACAUGUACAGAUAUCAAUGAAUGUACAACAUCUUCUUGUGAGGGGACCUGUAUCAAUACAGAAGGAGGGUUUAUAUGUGACUGUGGGCUGGGUCUAAAGCUUUCUCCUGAUGGAAGCAGCUGCUACGAUAUAGAUGAAUGCUCAGCCCACGGUUCCCCAUGUCAGCAGAGGUGUAAGAAUCUUCACGGCAGCUACAGGUGUUACUGUGGGGCAGGAUUUAUCCUCCACAGUAAUGGACAUACCUGCACAGAUAUUAAUGAAUGUCGAAGACCUGCAACAUCCCAUCUUUGCCAACAUUAUUGCCACAAUACUCAUGGAAGCUUUUUUUGUUCUUGUAGAGCUGGCUUUGAAAUUGGCCCAGAUAAAGUUUCAUGUAUUGAUGUGGAUGAAUGCAUAGAGAACUCUACACUGUGCUCUUCUGGAAUUUGUGUUAAUACACUGGGAUCCUACCUCUGUUCUUGCCCAUCUGGGUUUCAGCUCAAGGAUGGUGGUUGCUCAGAACUUCUUCUAGAGGUGCAGACUGGUCGCAUACCUCAGGAAACAGAAGCAGAUCAGGUGCAAUGGACUCCAAUGCCAACACCAACUUCUACUCUGAGUUCUGGAGUACCAGAAACCACUACGUCUCAGACUGCUCUGGCCCAUACUGUACUGGGGCAAGAACUCAUUAAUACAACGCCUACCUCAGACCCUCACACUAUGACUGAUCUUGACCCCUUACCGCCCCCACAGCACAUCCGAACAGGUCAAUCUCCAUUAGCACAAAAAGCCUCAGGAAUUUCGCCAAUGUCAUUGAAGGAUGACAUGCUGAUACAACAUGGCACCCCUACUAUUCAACACGCAGAUAUUCCUUGUUGGCAUAACAAGGAAAUGAAGGUGAAUGGGAGUUCCUGGACUGAGCCAGGAUGCAUGGACUGCACUUGCCAGGAAGGAACAGUAUCCUGUGAAAGAAGGAUAUGUAGCCCAAAAUGUUCACAUCCAGUUUUGCACCCUGACAGCUGCUGUCCAUCAUGCAAUGGAUGCCAGUUCGAGGGGAUCAACAGAGCAGAUGGAGAGCUCUUUCCAAACUCUCCAGACAACUGUACCAUUUGCAUUUGCUUGGUUGGAAAUGUCACGUGCAUCCCACCCGUGUGUCCUCCUGUGACAUGCACUGAUCCCUACAUGUCUGACUGCUGCUUACGAUGUCCAGACGGGUGUGAAUUUCAAGGACAGACGUACCCACACGGGGCCAGGUUAAGCCAGGAUGAUGGCGGGUGUACCUCCUGUUUGUGUCAGAAUGGCACUCUUGAAUGUUCCUUCGUCCCCUGUCCCAGUCUUAAAUGUCCCAGAGAGGACUGGAUACUGGAAGCGGGACAAUGCUGCUUUAAAUGCCAGGAGCCUCCGCAGAGCACAGGAUGCCCUUUCGAUGACAAUGGGAUUGAGAUUCCUGUUGGCCAGAUCUGGUCUCCCGGUGACCCCUGUGCGAUCUGCAUUUGUCAGGCAGAUGGCUCCAUUGAGUGCAAGAAAACUGACUGUGUGGACACCUGUCCCCAUCCGAUUAUCGUGCCAGGGCAGUGCUGCCCAGACUGCUCUGCAGGUUGCUCCUACGGGAGACGGACAUUCAGGAACAACGAGAGCUUCCCUUCCACCACAGACCCCUGUUUGACCUGCAUCUGUCUGAUGGGCACUGUGGCUUGCUCUCCUAUUGAGUGUGCUCUGAGUUGCACUUACCCUUUUCAUGAUGAAGGGGAAUGUUGCCCUGUCUGUCGAGACUGCACGUAUGAUGGGAGAAAGGUGCUCAAUGGACAGACCUUUUCACUGGAAAGUGACCCUUGCACUCAGUGCACUUGUCAGAAUGGGGAGGUGCAUUGUGAAGCUGUCAUCUGCUCUGUGUCCUGUUCUCAUCCUUAUGUGUUCCCUGGAGAAUGCUGCUCAGCUUGUGAAGAGUGUCUUAUUGAAGGGCUUAUGGUGGAGAACGAAGCCUCCUACAUUCAAGAUGUAGAACCAUGCAUUGUUUGCCAUUGCUCUGAAGGAAAUGUGCAUUGUGAAAAAAGAGAAGGCCGCUGUACCCCAUGCGAGCAGAAGACGCAAAGCUGUCUGAAUGCAGAGGUUCCUGAUACCUUUUACGCCAAAGAAAUUCAGCGCUCUCCAGUUGGCACAAAUUCCAAAGAUGGCAACACCCCAAUUAAACUACUGAAUGCUGCAAACCCAUUCCAGACUAGCCGCCUGUCUUUGUUUCAAAAAUUUAUUUCAAGAAGUGACACAGUAACGACAGGAACUACUCCAACUGCCUAUCUGUCUACAGUUAAAACAGAAGCACCUCUCCACUCGAUUUCAAAUUCACCCAACACAUUUGUUAUUCUUUCACCAGGAACCAUAUCUUCCACAACAUCAAAAUCAAAUACAGAAAUUGUUAUUUCAUACUCCUCAGCUUCCGAACUUUCCAGACUUGACAGUAAAACUAAAUCUUCUGCUACAUCUGGCAACUCAUUCCAUCUGCCUUCCAGUUUGCGUUUUACCCCUUCAGUUCUAACAAACAUUCCACUUGGGACCACCACUGGUCAUACGUUUCAUCAAACUAGUGAUUCUGAAUCUCGUCUGAAUCUUAAAACUGUCUCUUCUUCAGAUAUUAUUACCAAAAGACUUUCUCAUCCAUAUUCUCGUUCCACAAACCCCCUUUUUACUUUUGUAUCUCCCACCACUUCUAACCCCCCUAUAACACAUAAUAAUGAACCUACUUUAAUCUCUUUGUAUACCUCUUAUCCUACUCAUACACAAAAGGGUUCUCUUGUUUCCUCUCUCCAAAGAGCUGGCUUGUCUUCCCAGCCAGAUACCAUUGACAUUUCUUUGCUCUCCAAGUAUUAUUCAGGAUCCACCAAACUAUCUGCUAGACAUGCUGAUCAUACCACCAGGCCUACUCAGGUCAAUAAACACACAAGGCUUCUGCUGGGAAAACAAAACGAACAAGAAAUGACGAGUGAAGACAUAGAACCUACUAAAUAUUUAACAGGAUGUUCUUUCAAUGGCUAUGCUUUCACCCGUGGCUCCAUCUUUAUUGUAGAUGUGGACUUCUGCCUGCAGUGUGAAUGUUUGAAAGGAAAGGUGCAUUGCAGACGUGAAUCCCGUUUUCCUGCUGGUGUGUGCUGCCAGGAUUGUUCAAUUCCCCAACUUAUCUCCUGCUCUAAAGAAACCAACCAGAUACACUCAGAGGAGGGUGAGAACCAAGCAAUGUGUAAAUGCACAAAUGUCAUUCUUCAAUGUCACUCCUGCACUCCUAAACCUGGAUGCUACAGCGAGGGAACAUCACAAAGCUCUGAGUCAGAACUAGUUGACCAGAAGUAUUUAGACUGGAUUCCACUUAUACUUGGAUAUGGGGGGAAAUUCAAAGAUGUGGAUCUUAACCCAUGAGGCCUUCAUUAUCCAAAGCAGCAAAAUGGAGGAGUCUUCAUACAUUCGAACUGUCUUCUUCUGAUCUCAGUUCUUUCACAUCAAUCAGAAGAGGCUGAGAUAAUGACUAUACAAGAGCUACCAUGGCCUCAUCUCACUGUUAACCUUUCCUUGUACCAAAUAUGGACUUCAGUCCAAUAAUAUACUAAAGAAGAUAUAUAUAUAUCUACAGAAUCUGAAAUUGAAAGUCAAGAGAUUUUUAAAGUGAUUCAAUGUUGCAUUUUGUUUAAUUGGACAACUCCAGAGCCUUUACAAAGUAGUUUGGCUACUCAACUGAUGGCCAACAUAAUCCUAUGACAAAUACAACAAGCUGCUACGUGACAUGAUGAAGAACUGCCAGUUAAAAAGCCAACUCCUCAUGUCAUAUCUGAACUUGGAUUUGGGAUAUACAGCCUCUACACUGCUCCAUUCCAAUGAAGAGUCAUUUAUGGUUGGUUAAAAGGGAUUUUGUCCUGAAACAUUAGAGAGACAGUUCUAAUACAUGGUUGAGUCAUCUAGGCCAUUCAAUAUGAGGCUAAUUUUUAUACUUUGUGGUUGAUUUUAACUCGCUGUGUAUAGGAACUUAUUUUAUUUGAUCUAAAUAGCUUAUUUGCCAAUAGCAAACUGGUCCAAUCAUUCUCUGGUGAAAAUCACAGAACGAUUACCUCAUGUUUUCAUUAAAUUGUACUCUGGAGACUCAGGAGUGAAACUCAGUGAAACAUACAAUGUCAGAUCUGCUCAACCUUUUGACCAAGUUAGUAGCAGAAUGAAUGCCUACACUUUUCUGCUGUGUAGGGAACAUGACAUUCAACCACAACCGCAGACAUAUGGAUGGAUGAAGAUCAAUUACAAAAAGCUUUACCUUAAGUAAUUAUUUUUUUUGUAAAUGCUUAAACUUUUAAAAGUUUAAAUAUUUCAACUUUUAUAAUCAUAUGAACCAUUCACAAAGACCUCCACUUUGAGCAGCAACUUAAUAGACCAGUGAUCUUCAAAUCUGAGGUCAAGAAUCACCAACAACCUAGGUUUUAUCUGUAUCCUUAUUGAACCGAACUGGAUAGUCAAUAUUUGUGGGGGAUCUUAAGAAUUGUUUUUAGAAUCUAAUGCUAAAUUCUCUUCGAUGUACAGUUAUGUGUUUAACAAAUGUUGCAAUUCAUUUUUAAUGCCAUACAUAUUUCUAAAGGCAUUUGUAGAACUUUCCACACCAAACGUGUGCCUCGGAUCUCGAUCUUAUAUUAACAUAAACUUUAACAUAAACUUUCAAAUGUGUUUUACAUAUGUAGCAGGAAGUGAUUGUUACACAAUAUGGAAUCUAAAUUGCUAUUUUAAGAUAGUCAGUGACAACGGCUAGGAGAACGAGGAAGGAGGAACUAGAAAUGUUAAACACACAGCUGGCGGGAUUAGACCAUUUACUCCAGUUAAAUAUUAAUAUUUCUAGUUCAAGUAGAAAUGUUAAUUUUUAGCUGGAGAAAUUAAAAUGAUUUAUGUGAAUCCUAGACUAUGUCAUCUUCAGCCUGAUCCAAUUCCAGCCUCUUAGCAUG